AUGAAUCAUUUCAGUGCCUGCAUAGGUGAUUUAGGUAUUAGUAAAUCGGCAACCGAAACGUCGGAUAACAAUGAAAUUUAUGGCAUCAUUCCUUAUAUGGCUCCUGAGAUCUUUAAAGGCGGACAGUAUACCACGUCUUCGGAUAUUUAUAGUUUUGGUAUGAUUAUGUGGGAGUUAAUGGUGGGUAGAAGGCCUUUUUGGGAUCAACCUCAUGAUACAGAUCUCAUUAUUAAAAUCUGCGAUGGCGUUCGCCCUCCGAUAAUUACGGAUGCACCUAUAGGUUACAUCGAAUUACUAAAAAAAUGUUGGGAUCCUGACCCAAAUAAAAGACCGAAAUCCACUGAUGUCCGUUAUGAACUUCAUAUGAUAAGAAAAAAGAUAAAAGAAAUAGUUUGA